UUAAUUCAGGGUAGUAAUAGCCAUGAAACGCAGUAUACUUACGUGGACAACACGGAGGCUGGAAGAGAGGAAGCAAGGCAGUUGGAACAGAGAAGGCUGGAAAAUGAACGGAGACAAAGGGAGGCUGAAAAAAGGCUGCGCAUACUGCUGGAAAAAAGACGAGAAGAAGAGAGAAGGCCAGUGAAGUAUCAACAACAGGGGCAACGUGAGAUAAAACAAGAAGAAGCGAGGAAGAGAGAGGAGGAAGAAAGGCGCCUGCGUUUGGAAAACGAACUGUGCCUCCGUCGAGCUGCGCUGUUUGAUUACAAAUUUGGGAACAAGAUCAAACUGGAUAGUUUCAAAGGCCUGGCAAUAGAUGAUGUAACACAACUCAGAAUCGGUGUGUUCGGUCCUACUGGAUCUGGCAAGAGCUGCUUUAUCAACACGUGUGAACGAGCUGUGAGGCAGACAGAUAAAGGCACAGCUCCUGACAGCACCACAGGUCAAGAAGGAACCAUAACUCUUCAAGAUUAUCUCCCUGAGUUAUUCUUCCACUUGGUUGAUACACGUGGUUUCUUCAACUACAACGCUAACGAAACUGUGGAAUUUAAGAACAUCUUGGACGGAAAGAUACAACCCGGGGACAAUUUGGUCCGUCCUAGAGAAGACCAAGAAGAUGUUCCAGCUAUGGACCUUCACCCGUGUCCCAAAUUUGCCAACCGUCUGCAUGGUGUCAUCAUUGUUACCAUGGCGAAUGACCCGCGACUGAGGGAGGGAGCCUUGAAGGAUUACCUAAAACCAGUUCGAGAUAUUCUGCGUAGAACUGGUUAAGUGUUUGCUAGUAAUGAUAAUCAAUAGAACUCCUAUGCAGACAGAGACCGACAAUCAGACUGACGGGGACUUUUCAGUUCUCAACACGGAGUUACAAAGAAUUGGUUUCCAAUAAAGCCGUGCAUGCAAUAAAAAAUCAAAAUAUAUAAUAUGACAAAAAUUACAUAUUCAAUUACAGAUAUACAAAACUAAAAAAAGUACCCUGGAGAUCGAGGUUGCGCAAAGAUUCCAUAAUAAACCUCGAGAAAUGGUUUAGCUUUAAUUAUAGUAACUGUUGGAAGAGUAUUCCGUAGCUUAGCACCUCGAUAAGAGAGAAGUUUUUCUUGAAGUAUUCGGUGUUUUUGGAAAUAUGGUCAGACAUGUAGAGCGCAUCACGUGCUACACCAAUCAGAUUGCACUCUUUGGUAGAUUAACUCCCUCUGCAUCACAGGGUAACUUGAAAGAUCUUGAAACUUAAGCUUCAAUGUUCUGUUACUGUACAGUCAGUAGUACUUCUCGAUUUAAGAAAAAUUAGGCUCAAGUCAACUCUAUCACAUUACGAGGAGCGAAAACACAACGAGACCGUGACACAAAGGGCUUUGCAUUAAAGUUGGCGUUUUUUCAUGCAAUUAAUUUCGCCCAAAUUGGAAAAGAAUUAUCAGCAAGAGUUAACAAUUUAGCAUACAAAACGGCCCUGUCGCUGACCUCGGCUUACAAAAUGUUACUUGAUAUUAAACGGUGGCGUUUUGUUAAUGCGGGGCAUAGAAAUAGUUGGGAGAAUGACUGAUUCAGUUUCAUAUUGCGUUUGAGAUCGUUACAGCUAUUUUUAAAAUGUGUGACCAAGAGAUAAGCACAGGGCUCUAAAGCUUAAAAAAGAAACUCUUCAAAGUAAAAAAAAACUAUUAGACUAGGGAGACUGAUAGACCCGCAAAAAUCAUUUCAGUGUCUGUUUUGAGAGACCUAUUUUAUUGUUUAAUCCGUUUUUAGUUCUGUUUUGUCUCCUUUCACAACCUUUACCAAUGUAUUCUUUUUUUUUUGCUCCCACAAAAGGAAUCGCACCCAUCACUGUUGUUACGCACCGUGACACACUGACGACAGAAGAGGAAUGUGAAAACGUACUUUACGCAGCUUCAGCGGCUACUGGCAGUUUACCCAGUGACACUUUUUUCGUGACUAACUACUGUAAAGACAACAGUAAACGCAAUCCAGAAACAGAGCGUAUGGUUUUCGACAUUCUACACUGCGCGCUGUUGGAGGCUGAGACUGCAGUAAAGAUCAUGAAACAGAAACAGAGAAACGAAGAAGAGUAUGAGAAGAAGCGCGCGCUUGAAGGAACUAAUGUCAGCGGACAAGUUGUGCCAGACUCCGCGGAAGGUGAUCAACAAACCUUUAUUUCCUACACACAAUAUGUAAGAUAG